UCAGACGGACAAAGCGCCAGUAAAGAUGUCGCCGCCGGUCCUAUUUAACUUUACUGAGGCCAGAGAUAAAUUUACGGCUGCCACCAAAAGUGCUGUGGAUAUCAGGAACUGUAAACCCCUGACCAGCGCUUUCAGUCAUCUGCCUGGAAAUGAAACAGAGAAGAAAAGCACUCUUGAUCAGGCUCUACGUGGAGUCCUUGAAGAGCAGAUAGUUCAGCAGAAAGUGAAUGUUGAGGAUUUCCUUUCUCUGAUCUACAUCAGUAUUGACUGUGUGACUGAAGGCAUCUGCUCUGCUACCUCUCCCUUUCUAUUGCUGGGUGAUGUUCUGGACUGUCUUCCGCUGGACCAAUGUGACAAAAUUUUCUGCUUUGUUGAAGAAAAAGUCUCUACAUGGAAGUCUAAUACUUUUUACUCUGCGGGGAAAAACUACUUGUUAAGAAUGUGUAAUGAUCUCCUCAGAAGACUCUCUAAGACACAGAAUACAGUAUUUUGCGGACGGAUCCAGCUGUUUUUAGCACGUCUCUUCCCUCUGUCUGAAAAAUCUGGACUAAACUUACAGAGUCAAUUCAACCUGGACAACAUUACUGUGUUUAACAAAAAUGAACAGGAGAGCACACUUGGAAUGCCGCAUGCAGACGUGAAGGAGGAUGGGAUGGAGGUAGAGGAAGGGGAGAUGGGUGAUGAAGAUGCACCUGCACCCUGUUCCAUUCCUAUUGACUACAACCUGUACAGAAAGUUCUGGACACUCCAGGACUAUUUUAGGAACCCCCUACAAUGCUACGACAAAUUCUCAUGGAUGACUUUUCUUAAAUACUCAGAUGAGACGCUAGCCGUGUUUAAGAGCUAUAAACUGGAUGACAUGCAGGCGUCUAAGAGAAAGCUGGAGGAGAUGAGGACUGCUGCAGGCGAUCACGUCUACUUCGCCAAGUUUCUAACCAGUGAGAAGUUGAUGGAUCUUCAGCUGAGCGACAGCAAUUUCAGACGACACGUUCUGCUUCAAUACCUCAUUCUCUUCCAGUACCUCAAGGGUCAGGUCAAGUUCAAGAGCAGUUCCAGUUGUGUUUUGAAUGAUGACCAGUCUUUGUGGAUUGAGGACACAACCAAACUUGUCUAUCAGCUACUAAGAGAAACUCCUCCAGAUGGUGACAAGUUUGCGUCUAUGGUUGAGCACAUUCUGAACACAGAAGAAAACUGGAACUCAUGGAAGAAUGAGGGCUGCCCAAGUUUUGUAAAAGAAAGACCGGCAGAGACCAAACCCAUCCGGCCCAGUAGAAAGAGACCAGCGCCAGAGGACUUUCUGGGGAAAGGCCCUGAUCGUAAGAUCCUCAUGGGAAAUGAGGAGCUCACAAGGCUCUGGAAUCUAAAUCCAGACAACAUGGAGGCCUGCAAAUCAGACAGCAGGGAGUUCAUGCCGUCAUUAGAGGAUUUCUUUGAAGAAGCCAUCGAACAGGCCGAUCCAACGAACAUGGUGGAGGAAGAGUACAAAGUGGUGCGCAACUCAAACUACGGCUGGCGAGCCUUACGGCUGCUGUCCAGGAGAAGUCCUCACUUCUUCCAGCCCACCAACCAGCAGUUCAAAAGUCUAGCAGAGUAUCUGGAAAACAUGGUCAUCAAACUGGCCAAAGAGCUUCCUAAGGACCUCCCAUCCGAGGAGAUAAAAACAGGAGAGGAAGACGAUGAUGAGAAUGGAGAUAACCUGUUGAAAGAGAGCAAUGACAGUCCCAGCAUUCAGAGCAAAGGCGUGACCAAUAGUCAGAUGGAUGAGAUCGCCGCCAAGCUCGGAGCCCAGUGGAAGAUGCUGGCGGACCAUCUGGAAUUGAGCGAGAAGGAGAUCCGCGUGAUAGAGGCUGAUAGUGAGGAUGUGGAGCUGCAGGCAAAGAUGCUGUUGGUGGCCUGGCAGGACCGAGAAGGCUCACAUGCUACGAUGGAGAGCCUGGUGACAGCCCUCAAUGCGGCUGGCUUCAACAUCAUCACAGACGCCUUUAAUGAAACGUAACUGUGCUUAUUUCACAGCACCUCCUUCCUAUUUUGCAACUUGAUGACAUGGUUUAUGUUGUACUUCAAUGAACUGUGUUCUUCAGUGAUGUUCUUACUUUUUGAAAUAAAUGUCAAA